CAACCACGCUCAGCUAAGUUCGGGGCCCGAAGGCCCAAUAUGUGGUCUAAAACUCCGAAGAACUGAAACCAUGUCCUUCGGCUUUUGUUACUGUUCUUCGCCUUAGCUUAGCCCCCACGGCUACAAAACCCUGAGCCCUAAAACCCCGACGUCUUCCUCUACGCCUUUUUCUUUUUUUUUUCAAAUUAUUUAUUUAUUUAUUUUUUUUUGGGUCGUCUUCUACGACUUUCUUUACAACCCCAUUUAUUUGCUCUACCUUAAGAAGCAUAUCUCUGACGAGAAUUCUUCACCAAUCACUACCAUGUAUCGCUUCACCACGAGCCUUGCCUCCAAAGCCAGAUUAAUUAAGAACAGCACUCAGCAGAUUGGUAGUUGGCCGAGUUGGAGAAGGAACUAUGCAGCCAAAGACAUUAAAUUCGGUAUCGAAGCUCGUGCUUUGAUGCUUAGGGGUGUUGAAGAGCUUGCUGAAGCUGUUCAAGUGACAAUGGGGCCGAAUGGCCGCAAUGUUAUCCUGGAACAAAGUUUUGGGGCCCCUAAGGUGACAAAAGACGGUGUUACUGUUGCAAAAAGUAUUGAAUUCAAAGACAGAGUCAAGAAUGUCGGUGCUAGUCUUGUAAAGCAGGUUGCAAAUGCAACAAAUGAUGUGGCAGGCGAUGGUACCACUUGUGCCACGAUCCUAACCCGAGCUAUAUUUACUGAAGGCUGCAAGUCAGUGGCAGCAGGAAUAAAUGCUAUGGACCUAAGGCGUGGGAUUACCAUGGCAGUUGAUGCUGUUGUAACAAACUUGAAAAGUAGGACAAGGAUGAUCAGUACAUCUGAAGAAAUUGCACAGGUUGGAACAAUAUCUGCUAACGGAGAAAGAGAAAUCGGUGAGCUAAUAGCUAAAGCUAUGGAGAAAGUUGGCAAAGAAGGUGUCAUCACCAUCUCUGAUGGGAAAACACUGCAUAACGAGUUAGAAGUAGUUGAAGGAAUGAAGUUGGACAGGGGAUACAUAUCCCCAUAUUUCAUCACCAAUCAGAAGAACCAAAAAUGUGAAUUGGAAGAUCCCCUCAUAUUAAUCCAUGAGAAGAAAAUCUCAAACCUAAAUGCUAUAGUAAAAGUACUGGAGUUGGCUUUGAAGAGGCAAAGGCCACUAUUGAUUGUUGCUGAAGACAUAGAAAGUGAUGCACUGGCUACUCUCAUUAUAAACAAACUUCGUGCUGGAAUCAAGGUUUGUGCAAUUAAAGCCCCUGGGUUUGGAGAAAACAGGAAGGCCAAUUUGCAGGAUCUUGCGAUUCUUACUGGAGGCGAGGUAAUAACUGAAGAACUUGGUUUGAACCUUGACAAAGUUGGACUAGAAAUGCUUGGCACUUGCAAAAAGAUUACGGUAUCAAAGGAUGACACUGUCAUUCUUGAUGGAGCUGGUGACAAGAAAAACAUUGAAGAAAGAUGUGACCAGCUGAGGUCAACAAUUGAAUCAAGCACUUCUGAUUAUGAUAAAGAAAAAUUGCAAGAACGGCUUGCAAAGCUUUCUGGUGGUGUUGCUGUCUUAAAGAUUGGGGGAGCUAGCGAAGCGGAAGUUGGUGAGAAGAAGGAUAGAGUUACUGACGCUCUAAAUGCCACCAAGGCUGCUGUGGAGGAAGGAAUCGUCCCUGGUGGUGGUGUUGCACUUCUAUAUGCCUCCAAGGAACUGGAGAAGUUGCAAACUGCUAACUUUGAUCAAAAGAUUGGUAUCCAGAUAAUCCAGAAUGCACUCAAGAUGCCUGUGCAUACAAUUGCUUCCAAUGCUGGAGUUGAAGGCCCAGUUAUUGUUGGCAAGCUGUUGGAGCAGGAAAAUCCCGACCUUGGGUAUGAUGCAGCAAAAGGUGAAUAUGUGGACAUGAUAAAGGCAGGAAUUAUUGAUCCAUUGAAAGUUAUUAGAACAGCCUUAGUCGACGCUGCAAGUGUUUCGUCAUUGUUGACUACGACUGAGGCAGUUGUUGUCGAACUUCCCAAGGAUGAAAAUGAAGCCCGUGGAGUGCCACCUGGCAUGGGAGGCUUGGAUUAUUAGAAGUUCCAAUACAAUAAUUUUGAUUUUGCGGUGUUACCUCUAUGCCAAUUUUACAAAAUAUCUACAUAAACAUGAAAAGAAAUUUUGGGUAGGUGAUGUUAAUUUCUGACCCUGUUUAGAACCGAGUCUCUAAGUCUGUUUUAAGGCUGAACAUCAUUGUCAUCAUUGUGAGAGGCCAGUGCUUAGGAAGGUUUACUACAUGUGUAAUCUCCUUGCUAUUUUUUGUCCAAUCAAUAAAAUUUUCCAUGAAGAGUCACUUUAUUUAAA